AGAUAGAGGAAUCGAAGCUGAUUAUGAAAAUCUCAAAAACAAUUUAAUGAUUACUAAAAAAAACCUUAAAACUGCCCAGGAGAAUAAUAUCAAUCUUCAAGCUGAACUCAAUACUAAAAAACAAGAGAUUAAAUCCACCAUUGAAAUCAAAAUUGAACUCCAAAAACAACUCUCAAAAGAAAAAAAUAAUUAUCUUCAAUCAAAUUUCGAAAAUACCCAACAAGAACUUAAAACCGCCAAAAAUAAUAAUACCAACCUUACAAUAGAGCUCGCCAGGACUAAAAACAACCUUAAUACUUUCAAAGAAAUUAAAAUAUUAGAAAAACAAAGAAUAAAAGGCGAAGAAAGAAGAGAAACACUUGAGAAAUUGAUACCUGCUUAUGAAAAACUACUAAAAGACUAUGAAAAAUUAAAAAAAGAAAAAAACGAAGGAGAAACAAAGGAACAUCAAGAUUUAUUAGAACAAGCGAAAGAAUCUUUAAAAAAUGCUAUUAAAGAAUGUUAA